AUGAACUAUUUCAGUAGGUUACCUCCAGACACCAUUCUUACACACAUCCUUUCACGCCUCGACGCCAAAUCCAUACUCUCUAUAUCAUCGGUCUCUUCCGAAUUCCACAGCUUGAUCUGCAAAAACAACAACUACGACGAUCAAUGGCGAAAAAUUUGCACCUCCAGGUGGCCUUCCUUGCUGACUGAUCUGUCUGAUAAAGUAAUUUCCAUCUCUCAGGCCAUCUCCAAAUUCCCCGGUGGUCAUCGUUCCUUCUUCUACGAUGCAUUCCCUUCCAUUCGCUAUCGUAAUAAUCCCCCUCCUCCUCCUCAAGAUACAUCUCUAUGCUAUGCUGUUGAUAUAUAUUUACUGGGAGAACAAAAACCUUUUAGAACAUUUUUUCAAAUCCAAAAAAUAACCAUAAAAAAAUAUGAUUAUUGGUGGCCUACAUUUUGUGAAGUAAAUUCUGGUGGCAAUGUGGAUUUUGUUAAGGUAAAGAAACAUGGGUGUGUGGAAUACUUGGAAGAAAAGUUGAGGUUGAGUUGUGUGGUUAUGGAACCAAAUAUAAAGCGUGCAGGGAGCUUGUUUCGUACUAGUUGUAAACCUGUUGUUUCAUUUACAACUAACAAAAGAAACCCUAAGGCGAAAAGAUUAGUUAAGGCGGUGUACGAGACGGUGAUGCCGAGGAUGUGUUAUACGGAGAUGGUGAAGUUUAAGGUAAAGGUGAAGUGUGACUGGGAAGAUGGAGAAGAAGAUAGGUUUAAUGUGAGGAGUAUUGAGUUUAGAAUGGAAAAAAUGAAUGGAAUACGUCUGAUGAGGGAUGAAGCUGCUAUUGUUCUCCUCAAUGCUAUUGAAAAUGGGGAGAGGAAGAACAAAUAA